AUGGCACGGCUGCUGCGCAUGCGCAGUACGUCGUACACGGUGAUUAUUUUGAGGCGCGGAGGAUUGUGGGAGUGUUUCGGCCCUAUUCACCGGUCAAAAUGUCUGACAUGGAAGAUGAUUUCAUGUGCGAUGAUGAAGAAGAUUAUGAUCUGGAGUACUCAGAGGACAGCAACUCUGAGCCAAAUGUUGACUUGGAGAAUCAGUACUAUAAUUCUAAAGCCCUAAAGGAAGAUGAUCCCAAAGCUGCUUUGAGCAGCUUUCAGAAGGUGCUGGAGCUUGAGGGUGAAAAAGGAGAAUGGGGUUUCAAAGCACUAAAACAGAUGAUUAAAAUCAAUUUUAAGUUGACAAACUUUCCGGAAAUGAUGAACCGAUACAAACAGCUGUUGACGUAUAUACGAAGUGCUGUCACAAGGAACUACUCUGAGAAAUCCAUCAACUCUAUUCUAGAUUACAUUUCAACCUCCAAACAGAUGGACUUGCUUCAGGAAUUCUAUGAGACGACUCUAGAAGCAUUAAAGGACGCCAAAAAUGACAGACUGUGGUUUAAAACCAAUACAAAGUUAGGCAAGUUGUACUUGGAGAGAGAAGAGUAUGGAAAACUUCAGAAAAUUCUCAGGCAGUUGCACCAGUCAUGUCAGACUGAUGAUGGUGAAGAUGAUCUGAAGAAAGGUACACAGUUGCUGGAGAUUUACGCUUUGGAAAUUCAGAUGUACACAGCCCAAAAAAACAACAAGAAGCUGAAAGCUCUCUAUGAGCAGUCUUUACAUAUCAAGUCAGCAAUUCCACAUCCACUCAUCAUGGGAGUCAUCCGAGAAUGUGGUGGAAAAAUGCACUUAAGGGAGGGAGAGUUCGAGAAGGCACACACAGACUUUUUUGAAGCAUUCAAAAAUUACGAUGAAUCCGGAAGCCCCAGACGAACUACGUGUUUAAAGUACUUGGUCUUGGCCAACAUGCUGAUGAAGUCAGGAAUAAACCCAUUUGAUUCUCAAGAGGCAAAACCCUACAAGAAUGAUCCAGAAAUUCUAGCAAUGACGAACUUGGUAAGUGCCUACCAGAACAAUGACAUCACAGAGUUUGAGAAAAUCCUAAAGACGAAUCACAGUAACAUAAUGGAUGACCCCUUCAUCAGAGAACAUAUUGAAGAGCUGUUACGGAACAUAAGAACGCAAGUGCUCAUCAAAUUAAUUAAGCCUUACACUAGGAUACACAUACCUUUCAUUUCAAAGGAAUUGAACAUCGAUGUUGUGGAUGUGGAAAGCUUGCUUGUGCAGUGUAUAUUAGACAACACAAUCAAUGGCCGCAUUGACCAGGUCAACCAGCUGUUGGAGCUUGAUCACCAGAAGAGAGGUGGUGCUCGAUAUACAGCCCUAGACAAAUGGACCAAUCAGCUGAAUUCACUCAACCAGGCCAUUGUCAGUAAACUGGCUUGAGUGACUACUCGAGACCCUGAAAAACAGUCCAUUCACCAGACACCCAGAUGGCUCAAAGGGCUGUCAGAGACACAAACUCCUUUCAGGUCCUAAAUCCCCUGAUCACUUUAUGACAUGAAGUGUGCGCUUAAACUGGCUAGUUUGUGUUAUGCAGCUGCUGAUACUUAAACCCCAACAGCUUUGUAAGUCCCAGACAACACAGAAACGCCCAAAGAAAAUCUGCUGUUCUGAAUCCUUGAAGUCUGUUCUUUAGACUAUAUUGGAGUCAUCUUGGGAGGUGUUAUUUUAAUCACAUGUCUUGACAUUUGUUUAUAGCAAACAUUUGAAAGGUAUACCUUUUACCUUUUUUUUUUAGAGGUGACGUGAUGCUCUGUAAUACAAGGAAGAAUGUUUAUCUGUUGAACACUGUCAAAGCAUGUUUUGUUUUUGCUUUAAGAGCCUCUUUCCAAGAUUUAGGAAGAUGAACUAUUGCACCAGUGAAUAAAGUAAUUGCUCAAGGUAUUCUGGUUUUCACAAAUAAAUAAGAUUUGGGUGGGUUUAGAAAAAAGACUGUACCUCUAAGAUGGUUGAGUCAUAGCAUGAGAAUACAUAUUAAUGAAUCUCAGUUAAAUUAUGGCUACAUUGAAUUUGAAACCUCACCCCUGGUCAUAACUUGUGUUCUGUUGUUUCAUAUUUGAACAAUAAAUAAAAGGAUGCAUUUGUUGCUUCAGAAAAUAA